GCAACGCGCUACUAAUUCCUAUAUUUACUUGCACGUCGACGCUCCCGUACAAUCCUGCAGCGCAUCCAGCAAUAUCUCGAUCGGCACGUCAACAUGACAGAUUCAUCCGCGAUGGAAAAUGAUGCGCCGGAAUGUCCCAGCGACGCCGUAUCUUUCCCGCUUCAGGACUUUCCUUUUGAGCUCCGAGAGAUGGUGUGGAUAAUGGCCGCCGAGCAGGCUGCAGACGCGUUCAGACACAAAUACCCCGAUUUCAAUCGGUUCUGGUUCACUCGGCAUAAACCCCCCUAUAUUUCUUUCGCGGCGCACACGAUGGAUAAUAGGGGGGAUCCUCAUCCUUCCGUUCUGCGGGACUUGCGAGAUUUCUUCUGGCCGCUCUUCCUAACGAAUAAGCAUAGCUAUGCAAUCGUCAGCCGAUAUAUCUCCAAGUUCCACGAACGAAAAAUGGCGCCCCAACUCGCUCUCAAUUUCGUUGAUAUAUUCCCUCUAGGACUAUUCUCGCUCGACAACGUUAUCCGGUUCUCGAAGCGAUCGACGCCGGCACUAAGAAGCCAAAUUGCAAGCGGACCUAGUGUCCAAUAUCCUCCGAUGCUACAAGCCGCUUACGAAGGCCAGUUGGAAGAAGUUACCUCGGUCAUGAACGUAUCGAUCCCCGCCUCGACAUUCGCGCGAUUCGAAUGCAACCGAGCGCGUCUGUCAAUGCUGCUUCGAUUUAGAAACUUGAAGAAACUGUACAUCAAAGUGGAUGGCCUGCACCUUGGCACGUGGCCGUUCAACUACGAAAGCAACUACGACAGCCGAGUAUGCGCAUUCAUAGAACUAAGCGAGUUUCGGGGCGGCAAGUUUAGAAUGAAGUACGACGACCUCGGCAGCUUCCUUCGGGCGUAUCGAGACAGAUGCAGUCGAUUCGGCGCAGAUCCCGGUAGAUAUGAGUUCGGCCUUCAAGCCAUGGAAGCAUGGCGAGACGUUCUGGCGUGGGAGCAGAAGGUCUCGGACAGUUUCCUCGAGGCGCUGGACGUAUUUAUCAACAAGGGCGUCGAGUGUGUCGUUGUUUACCCCUGUAAGACAAAGGACCUAUUUUCCUCUUAACGUCGGAGCAGCCUUGAAUGAAGGAAAUGCCUGCUUGCUAUGUAAGGGGGCGUGUUCUAGGACUGCGUUAGGAUAUGUGGAUUUUGCUGCGCAGGAUAUUUGUAUGAUAAGUGAUUACAUUAGGUAGUGUAGCUCCUUAAGUCGUAAUGCUAAUAAGAUAAGUGUGGC